CACACGCAGACCUCGGAAUGCACAUCAAAGUGCCACGAACCGUUUCCCCUUCGCCUGUUCGACGGAAUAUCCGGCAGGGCUCUACCUUUGGCGUGCCAAAGGACGACGAAUGGUACGAUUCGGAUUCGAACGAGUCGGAAUCGGCGUCUUCAAGUUCGUCGUCGUCGGACUCGUUCUUCUAUGACUCUGAGCCGGAAGAGACUCUACCCAUAACAAAGCCCAAGAUACCGCGCACAGACGAGGAGAUUCGUGCUAUUGAGGAGGCAGUAAACUCCAUUCGGAUCCGCACGAGACACAGCGAUCCUUACGAGGAAUGGGAGCGGAAGACGAAGGAGGAGGCUCUGGUGAGUGCACGGAGGGCGCACGCGUUGCUGCGCAGCCGUCGACGCAAAGUCCAAGAAGCGACGGAAGCGGAGGAGGCCAAGAGGUUGGCGGCGCUGCAUAAGAAACAGAUGGAGGAGGUCGAGGCCCGGAUCGCGAAGCUACAGAUGGAACAGCAGAGCGAAGAGGAGAAACUACGCGAGGCGUGGAAAGCACGCGACAAGCGCCUGUGGGAGCGGAUAGAGGCGGUAAUUAAGGCCGAGGAGGACAAGGUGAAGGCAAAACUAGAGGCAGACCGCAAGGCAAAGGAGGAAGCGGAGAAGAAGAAGAGGGAAGAGGAAGAGAGGCGUAGGCAGGAGGAAGAGCGAAAGCGCAAGGAGGCGGAGGAGGCGAGGUUGAAGAAGGAACGGGAGGAGACAGAAGCUAGGGAACAGCAGGCGAAGGAAGAGGAACAGAAGCGGAAGGAGGAGGAGAUGACCAAGGCUCAGGCGGAGAAGCUAAAGCAGGAGGAAAAGGAGAGGGAAGCGUUGGGUAUGACUACGGCAGAGGAUGACUGGCGACGUGCCCGAGACUCUUUAAAGCGACUUAAAGGCGGGCCCAUGAAGACCGUCAAAUCCAACAAGGAGUUGAAGUCAGCGUGGGGCAAGGUCAGGCGUGAGAUCACGCCUAAGAUCGGGCAGCUAACCAACGACACCCGCGAGAUCGACCGUAUCUCACACCAAAUCGUCGACAUGAUCCGCCCCACGCAGCGGCAAUCCGGCGACCUGUACUACGCCUGCCUCUCCUCCCUUGCCAAGGCCAUUCUCCUGCAAGCCGAGACAGAAGUGACCGCGGAGAAACGCAGCGCCUUGCCCCUCGUCCAGGUCACAGUCAACAUGCUCUCCGCGCUUGAGUCCUUUGGCGAGAUCUUCUUCGCAAAGCUCUGCCAGCGCUCGGGCGGGUGGCCCAUCCCCGCCGUCGUGCCAUCCGUCGAUGUGGAUGGGACACCGUUCGAUGCGGAGACGCGGAAGAAAGCGAUGGGGUACCGCGCAGAGGAGUCGCAGAGCGAGUUCGCCACGAGGCUCGCGGGGAUGAUGCGCGUGUAUUUCGCGGUUCUGGUCGCGCCUGUGCAGAGCCCGCUGGAUAAGAUGUUCCAGCUUCCGCGGGUGUGGACGUACUUUGCGCGGAUGCUGAGUACGCCGCAGCUGCUCUCCUCGCCCAUUGCACCGUCGCUCUUACAUAUUGCUCUCGAUGUCGGCGGCAUUGAGGCCAAGCACGUCUUCGGGAAGCAGUGGGUGAAGAUGAUGGAACUCCUGUAUGAGGGUGUUACCACGGGUAUCGGAGGGGCCAGUGAGCGAGUCCUUGGAGGCUCUUCUCCCGAGGGUAAGGCUGCACGGGUGCGGGUCCAACUCGAGAUCGAGCGAGUCAUGAGCGCACCAUAG